CAGUUUUCUUUCCGCAUUCGCGUUGAGGGAGGGAACCCGCGCCUGAGGCCACGAAAGCCGCAAGCAAUCCGAAUAGCGGAGGGAGUAAGAAGCGAAGCAGAGGAAGACGCAGUCGAGGACGCUUCUGGGGAUCCGCAUCAGCUUUAUCUUCUGCAUUGCCUGCAUUCGCCAAUCGCUGAUUGGGCCACGUUCGGGUUUCCGAGCGGUCCGCUACUGUACUCGCGCAUACACAGUACAUACAGGUGCUGAGGCAGUUCCACCUCUCGCCGUCACCCACAUCGACUCGAGGGCGCCGAAAGGGUGCCCUGACGCGCCGCCAUGAAGUUUCACGCAUUCAUAUCUCUGGCUCUGUGCUUAUUCGUCGCCGCUGUUGCAGGGUGGACGAAGGAGGACCACGAGAUCUUUCGCCUCCGUGAUGAGGUCAUUGCCCACAAUGGCCCCAACGUGACCUUCUACUCCCUCCUAGGUGUGAGGCCCUUCGCCUCCCACGACGAAAUCACAAAGGCAUACCGCAAGAAAUCCAAAGAUGUACACCCGGACAAGGCGCGCCAGAAGUUCGUCGCCAACUAUGCCAAAACCCACGGCAAGAAGCAAAAGGGCGCAAAGCCGGGAGUAAAAGUUGCCAAACAUCCUUCAGAGAAGGAGAUCAAGGCGCAUAUCAAGAAGGUCACCGAGGACUACCAGAGGAUGACCGUUAUUGCGGAGAUUCUCAAGGGCCCAUCGAGGGAGAGAUAUGAUCACUUCUUGAGGAAUGGCUUUCCCAAGUGGAGAGGAACGGGAUACUAUUAUGCGCGUUUCCGCCCUGGACUGGGCUCUGUGUUGCUGGGUCUCUUGGUCGUCAUGGGAGGGGGAUUCCACUAUUUCGCUCUCGUCAUUGGCUGGAAGCGUCGUCGCGAGUUCGUUGAAAGGUACAUUCGCCAUGCUCGCAGGACCGCUUGGGGAGAUGAUACAGGCAUCCAAGGGAUCCCUGGAGUUGACUCUGCGCCGCCAGCUUACAAUCCUCCUCCCGCGGAAGACGCACCGGAAGAGAUGAUGCCCAUGAACCGCCGCCAGAAGCGCAUGAUGGACAGGGAAAAUCGCAAAGAAAAGAAGACACAGGCAGCAAGGACCGCCCGUCGUUCAGGCAUCAGCACACCUGUUGAAGCGGAACCCACCUCUGGUCCGCAGGGCGCAAAGAAGCGCAUUGUGGCUGAGAACGGGAAGAUGCUUGUUGUUGACUCCGUUGGCAAUGUGUUUUUGGAGGAAGAAACGGAGGAUGGCAUGAAACAGGAAUUCCUGCUCGACCCUGACGAGGAGCCGAAACCAACCAUCUACGAUACCCUCCUCUUCAAGCUCCCGAAAUUCGUCUUCAACCAGUCCAUCGGCCGCCUCCUAGGUAACCAACGCGCCGUCGAGGAGCCGCUCCUCGAGCCCUCGUCCAGUCUCCCAGAAGAUGACGCUGCAAUCCAAUCUGCCACUGCACCGAAUGCGAAUGGAGAGGCGAGGAAGCGCAGGGCGAAGGCGAAGGCUGCUGGGAAUUAACAUGCUACGGAGUGGACGAGCCUUGGUGCGAAACAGGACAUAUUUCCUUCGGCGUCUGGUAUCUGCUUCUCAAAGCCUACGGAAAAGUCAAUUUUUCAAUUCGGGUGGUGUAGAUAGAACGCGUUUACUGGGCGAGCGGAUAGCAUCAUGCAUAUAUAGAUUCUGGCUUUCAUGCGCACGGCAGCUCUGGACUAUCUUUAAUUCUGGAUUCCAGGUAACUCGAUCUGCGUCCACCUGGGCCUGCUUCUCGAUCUACAGUAAGACCUCGCUAUUAGGUAAUUGCUGGUGACCGAAAAAUUUUCCUUAUAACGCGGGUUUUCCUUAUGCUGAACAUGCUUAUAUAAUAUAAUUUAUUA